AUGGAACGAUUCUUUAAAAGAAAAUUAUCUACGGAUAGUUCUUCUCUGUCUAAUCCGGGUAGUUCAAAUGCAAGACCAAUUGAAGUAGAUGAGAUCUUAGCUAAUCUUCAAGCAGACCCUGGACUAAGAACUCGAAUGGCGGAUUAUAGUCCUAAUAUUCGGGAUGAGAUCCGAAGAGCAUAUCUACAAAAGGGACCUUGUCAACCUAGAAGUUAUAAGUUCCCACAAACUAAUCAAUCAGGAAUUAAUAGACGCUUCAUUGCUCAUUGGUUUGAUGAUCAUGAUUGGUUGGAAUAUAGUAUUGCUAAAGAUGCUGCGUUUUGUCUUCAUUGUUAUCUCUUCAAAUCUAAUUUUGAUCAAGUGGGUGGUGAUGCAUUCACUGGGGUAGGCUUCAAUAAUUGGAAGAAGGCGAAAGAAAGAUUUAACCUUCAUAUUGGACCGGUUGGUAGUGUUCACAACCAAGCUAGAGAAGUUGCUUACAAUUUGAUGCAUCGAACUACACACAUUGAAACAAUUGUGAUCAAGCAAACAAGCCAAGCUCGCACGGCUUAUCGCACUUGCUUGAAUGCAUCACUUAAGUGCACUAGGUAUUUGUUGCGGCAAGGGCUUUCUUUUCGUGGUCAUGAUGAAAGUGCACAAUCAAGUAAUAAAGGGAAUUAUUUAGAGCUCUUGUAA